AUGGUAGCUCGAACUCCCAAGCUCAUUCUGCUUCUAGUUUUGCAGGUCCCAUUUCUGCAGUUAGCUGCAGGACUUGGUGUCCCUAAACGUGAUAGCCAAUAUGUCAUGAAUCAGAACGGCAUUACCUGGGAUUCAAGCUGCAGUGACCCAAACCCCCAGAAUGUGCAAGAGACAAAACGUGCUGCAGUGCAGCGAGCCUGGGUUGGUGCUUUAGAGCUUAUUAGCGUGACUUGGACACGAUUCAAUACAAAGACAUGGCCAACGGUUAGACAAGAGAAAUUGAGUUUAGCUGCGCAGCAGCGUAUAAAUCAGCAAGAUCCAGGGUCUGUCGUUGUUCUUGAUCUCCAUAUUUCUCCUAUUCAAUGUUGGUGGCUAACUAUCGGCUUGGAUAGAUACGUUCAGUUGUUUGCGCUUGAAAGUUCCACAGCCGGCACAACGCAAAUCAGGUCAAUCUUACAGAACUUGGCUAGCCAACUCAAUUCUAAUCCAGGAACCAAUGGUCGCAUUGCCGGUACCCCAGUGACUAUCAGCUGUCUAGACUCAUUUGUAUAUGAUGAGGAGGAAUUUUGUGAUACGGACUGGGCAACGACAAGAUCUUUCCCUAACGAGGCCAGCAGCACCAUAAAUUUCUGCCCACUUUUCUUUGAGCUACCAAGGUUCGAUAAAAUGAAAAACAGGAGCCCGGACGAGAUCAGAGCAGAAUACCACGAUGAAGAUUAUGACGGCACAGAUGCCCUCACCAUUAUGCACGAGGCCACUCAUCUUUGGUGGAUUGGACCGACCAACUACGGGUUUGAUGAGGAGUACGGGCUAGUUGAAUGUGCUGAGCUUGCAUGGAACUGUGGCAGUCCAAUUUCUGACAGUCCCCAUGUCAUAAUGAACGCUGAUACCUAUGGGUGGUAUGGUGAAUAUGGAUAUUUCGUUCAGAAGGGUGUAAAUAAUCUUUGGCCUCCGAGUCAGCCACAACCCGUGCAGUUACCCCUGCAAAACUACUAA